UGUCUCUCAAUUCGUUCCAAAAUGGCAGCCCUCGUUGCAUCUACACGUGAACUUUUCACAGAAGGAGUAAGGGCUGUUUUGGAAACCUGGCCUGUUCUUCAAAUCGCUGUUGACAAUGGCUUUGGAGGGGCUUACAGCCAGCAGAAAGCGGACUGGAUGGUGGAUGCUGUGCAGAAGUAUUUUCAUGACAACAGCGACUUACAGGAGUAUGAAGUGGAGGACUUCUUAUCGGAGAUAAUGAAUACUGAAUUUGACACGAUGGUCGAUGACGGCAGCUUGCCUGAGGUCGCACUGCAGGUCUGUCAGAUGUUCAAGCAAUGUCAGCAAGGAAAAUUGGAUGAGGUCAAAGGUCAAAUUAGCCAGCUGGCGAAGAAGAAGAGUGUGGGCAGAGCGAAGGCUGUGACGAGGAAAGGAGUGGAGGAGACGGACGAAAGUGAGGAUGAGGAUGCUGAGGCAAUGGAGUGUGAGGGAGGUGAUGCUGCCGGGACCCCCAGCCAGGCGCCUUCGCGACCAGCCGACCCACCCGCUGCACCUUCUGAGGAGGUGGAGGAUGGCUGGACGGUGGUGGCACGUAAGAAGAAGUGAUAUGGAGGUUCCAGAGUCAGGCGGUGCCCUGAAGAUGAGAACAGCUAUGGGGAGUGUGUUUGAGAGAGAGAGAGAGAGAACGAAAGAGAGAGCGAGCGAGCGAACAAACGAAAGAGAGAAAAAAGUGUGUUUGUAUGAGCUUGCAAGACAGUGAAAAGGAGUCUGUUUGGCUCAGGUGGUGCUCUUUUUCAGCUGCCAACUGUGUGUGUGUGUGUGUGUGUGUGUGUGUGUGUGUGUGUGUGUGUGUGUGUGUGUGUGUGUGUGUGUGUGUGUGUGUGUGUGUGUGUGCGUGCGUGCGUGCGCGCGCGUGUGUGUGGCCCCCUUCAACCCUAAUGACUUCUGCCACUUGAACCACCUGCUGGGGUCACCAGAACCCUCUGUUGGGGUCACCAGAACCCUCUGAGUCUCCAGGCCAGUUGGACUCAUUCACUCAUACAUACUCACAGUGGGACAGCCUCAGUGACCUAACAUACUUGUUACUUACUGCUAUGUAACUUGAGGAAUAAGUCUAGCGGCUCAUUAGUGGAACUGGGGAGGAGGCUGAGGCAGAAGAAGACACUUUCAAAAUGAAUACACACUUCUGAAACGGACUGUCUUCCCCUCAUGGAAUUGGAUGUCGUUGUGGAUGUCUGGUUUGACAUGGCAGAGAGGCUAGAAGAAUGAAGCGGCCAUUUGCAGCCUAAUACUGUGUGGAUGAAAUACCUGCUUAUUUUGGGGGGUGUGGAUUGGGAGAUGUAUCAUGUAUGAAAUUUUUCCUUUUUAUAUUAAAUUAUUCAAGAGAUUUGUUUUGAA